AUGAGCUACGAGAAAGUCCAGCCGGAAUCAUAUCCUCCACCAGGUUACCAAUCUCAGUAUCCGCCGCCGGGAUAUCCAUCAGGACCACCACCUCCGGGAUAUUCUCCGUCGCACCAGCUCCACGAGGGAUAUCCUCAACAUCAGCUCCACGGGUAUCCGUUGUAUCCACCACCACAGCCGUCAAAGCGUCCUUUUUACGUAGGCGGCUAUCAGGAGUACUUCUCCGGAGGCUAUCCUCCUCCUCCUCCUCCUCCUCCUCCUCCUCCUCCUUCUCCGGAGUACAACCAAUGCCAUCACGAUCAUCACUACUACCAUGAUGACAACUCUGGCUGCACCUCUUUCCUCCGUGGCUGGCUCGCUGCUCUCUGUUGCUGCUGUGUGUUAGAGGAAUGCUGCUUCUAA